UAAUUCACCCCUCCCUGGUGUCCCCCCUUUAGAAAAGACAAUCACAGAGCGAAAAGCAGCACAGAUCGAUCCAAGCCAGCGCAUGUCACGUCACCACCGCAAAGCAAUCCUUUACCAUGGCUUCCACCUCCACUGAUACCUCUGUUACUACUAAUAGCUCAAAGUUCCUGGAGGGCUUCUGCUCGACAGAGGACUUUUUUCAUCAUUUUGUGCCCUACUUGACAUACCAAGAUGUAGGUCGAUUGGAAUCUGUGUCAAAACGACUCCAGACUCUGGCGCAAGAGUCCAUGUGGAAGGUCGUGUGUCGGCGCGACUUUAAUUUCCAGGAGGAUGAUCAUGAUAUGAUAGGACCGACCUACCAUCAAGAACGUCGGAGCUUUGACCGUCUGGAAAAGGCAUCCAAUUGGAAAUAUUGUUAUCAUAAAUGGUGGUUCUGGACCCAAUGGACGGGCGGAAAAGCCAAACCUCAUCACCUUCGCGAGGCCAUUGCAUUGUGGGCACGAUGCAGGGCGGUGCUGACAGAACUUGGAUUGCAAAAUGUGGUUGAUUCCUUGUGCCCUGGUUUGGAUCGUCGAGAAUUUAGUAGAAUGUUCAGGGCUCGAAACUAUCACAAGUGUCCAUUGCCAUCGUCAUUGAUUGCCUCCUAUUCUGUUCGUGCUGGACAGCAGGAACUAUCGCCACUGCGACCCCAAGUUCAAGAUAUCUUUUCCGGUCUCUUUGGCAGCUUUUCUUGCUAUGAUGACCUUUAUUCGUUGAGGCUUGUGAAUGUGAGAAGUUUUCAAAAUCCUUUUUCCCGAGUCCGCCUCAUGGGCGUUGCACCGAUUAUUCUCGGCAUUAACUGUGUAACGGUGGGCAAUAACCCACCUACAUACCUCUUUCUGCGAACCACUCCAGAGGAUCCAGAAGGUCAAUUGGCCAUUGCACACGAUUAUUUGAGCUAUGGAGAAAAGACUGUAGUAGGACAGGGAGGUUUUUUGGCCUAUUUACGCCAAUAUGUGGAACAUCUGGAAGCUGGCAUUUACAAACGAGUACAGUUCAUUGACGAGGAUCCAUCCUCUCAUGGGAUUGGUCUAUUUCCUGAUGGAGGUCCCACAAUGAGCUGUGCCAUCACAAGAGGAAUCGAAGUCAGGGCCAGUGCCCGCUGGUUCCCUGCUCGGCUACAAGAUCAGCAAGGACAGGAGAGCCAUUUUGGGUACAAUAUUCGAAUUCGAAUGGUAGAUCCUGACCCAGAGUUUGACACGUGUCAACUAGUGAGUCAACACUUGCAGUUUAUGGAUGGCAAUGGCAAAGUACAACGAGUUCAUAGGGAAGCAGUGGAUGGAAAGCAACCAGUUUUCUUUCAAGAUGCCACUGCUGGUAGACCGGGCUAUAUCGACAUGGGACCGGCUGGAGAUGGUGAUCGGUUUGAGGACAAGACAUUUGUCUAUCAAAGUGACACUGGACCUGUUGCCGGAACGUCAUUGCAGGAUACCAAACUGGCCAGUAUCAAGGGCACAUUUAGGUUUGUGCCAGGAACCAUUUCCAACCCAAAGGGCCCCGAGUUUCAUGUAGUUCUGGCAUCUUUCCCAUUGACUGUGCCGAUGCCAUUUUAUUGAGUCGAUGAAGUUUUAGUAGUAUGGUACCUAACUAUUAAUAGUACCAACCACAGCACAACGACUAGCUUUCUAGCUGGUACAUGUGGGC